AUGAGUGGAACGGAAACGCAAUUUUGCAAAACUUAUUUAACUGAUGAAGUUUUUCCUGUUGGCGUAUGUUUUUGUCGUACCUACGACAUUAGCGCACCUGCAUGCAAUAGUGAUCCAAAAAUGAUAUCAAUGGCUAAAAGAAUGCUAAUCAUAGAGGCAACUAAUCAUUAUUCACGUUUUGUAUAUCUUCAUAAAUUGAAUACAGCUGGAAAUUUAUGGUGUCUCUCGAGUCCAUUUUAUGCAAAAAUCAUUUUUGAUGGUUACUUUCAUUAA